CAGUCACCCAGGGACACCUGCGGGGUGAGCACCGGCUGCGGAGCAUCCUGUCCCCUCCGUGCCAGCCAUGUCCCUGGUGGUGAAGGAGAAGAACCACGUCCGGUUGGUUUUCCUGGGAGCUGCCGGCGUGGGCAAGACCUCGCUCAUCCGCCGCUUCCUGAUGGACACCUUCGAGCCCAAGCACCGGCGCACGGUGGAGGAGCUGCACAGCAAGGAGUACGAGGUGUGCGGGGCCACGGUCAAGGUGGAGAUCCUGGACACCAGCGGCAGCUACUCCUUCCCGGCCAUGAGGAAGCUCUCGAUCCAGAACAGCGACGCCUUCGCCCUGGUCUACGCCGUGGAUGACGCCGAGUCCUUUGAGAGCGUCAAGAGCCUGCGGGAGGAGAUCCUGGAGGUGAAGGAGGACAAGUUCCCUCCCAUCGUGGUGGUCGGCAACAAGGCGGAGAGCGGCGGCGAGCGGCAGGUGCCGGUGGAGGACGCGCUGUCGCUGGUGGAGCUGGACUGGAACAGCCGCUUCGUGGAGACGUCGGCCAAGGACAACGAGAACGUCCUGGAGGUGUUCAGGGAGCUGCUGCAGCAGGUCAACCUGCCCAGCAGGCUCAGCCCCGCGCUCUGCAAGAGGAGGGAGACGCUGCCCAAGGAGCAGGCGCUCAGGCCGCCCAUGAACAAGACCAACAGCUGCUCCGUGUGCUGAGCCGGCCGCCCGGGGCCCCGGGGAAGGCACCGGCACCGGCUGGAAACUCAGGUGGGCUGGGUGGGAGAGGCACUGCCUCGGCCAAAACCUCCCCUGCUGCCUCCCACCCCUUCCCUCCUCUUCCCCACCCAGCCCACAGGAGGGUUGACAAGAAGGUGGGAUGCUGGAAGGGAUGCUGGUUGCUGGAUGGGCGUGGGGAAUUCCCAAAAAAGCAGGAGGCUCACCUGGGGAGCAGCCGUGGGUCAG